AUGGCGGCCGCGCUGCGGCCGUGCCGGGCGCCCCUUGCGACGCUGGCCAGGAUCGACCGGCUGGCGGCGCAGCGGCCGCCCCAGAACGUUACGCUCAAUGAGCUGCAGGAGCGCAUGGCGAAGACGUCGAAGACGGCGACGCCGGCAGCGUUCGUGCGCGAGGCGCGCUGGCUGCAGGAGGAGCUCCCGCUGCGCAUGGCCCAGCUGCUGGCGGACUUCAACCGCCUGCCGUUUGUUGCCCUGCGGUGCGAGCCACUGGCAGACGUGUGGAGCAUCUACUGGCAGGAGCUCGAGGCGCUGUCCGCGCUGCCCCGGGCGGAGAGCAGCGAUCAUGUCGUGAGGCUGAAGGACGAAUUGCUGCUGUCGCAGGAGCGGCGCUCCGGCGUCAUUGAAGCCUUCCGCCAAGCCGUCGGGGAACUGCGGCGGUUUCCCGACGUCCAGAGCAGCUUGGAGGCGUUCCUAGAUAAGGCAGCACGCUAG